AUGGCAAACUCAUUGCGACCUGACGAACACCAUGAGGCCUCACCAGCAGAUCGUGGAGGAACAAGUCCCAUGGCGAGGACCAUCUCGCAAAACCCCGGUCACGCGCCUCGUUCGUCAGUGAUUUACAUCACCCGGGACUUGCCCCGGGCAAUCCGCGAUGCAAGAGACGAAGGAAUGUAA